AACAUUAUAAAUACGCAAAAGAAAAUAUAAAUUCAUUAAUAUUUUUAAUUCAUUUGGAAGAGUAAAAUGGCCUGUUUUCCUAUAAUUUUGCUUAUAGCUGGGCUUCAAAAACAUGAUGUUAUCACAAAUGUGCUUGCUGGUACAUUAAAAAAUAUGGUCGAAAACUGUAAAAGCAUAUAUAAUGAUGAAUCGGAUUCCUAUUUUCCACGACCGCUUCCUGAAUACGGAUCGACUAAGUUUCCUUAUUGUCAUCAUGGAAAAUUUGAAGAAGUAAAAUAUGACGAUAGUAACAUAAAAUAUGGUGAUGAUACAAAAUUUGAUAUGACGCCGCUUUCUUUGAGUAGUGAUAAAUCCAAUAAAUGUAAUAUGAAAGCAGUUGUCCCAAAAUAUCCCGUGAAAGCAACACCAAAAACACUAGGAACCGAAGAGGAUAAAAAUAUAUAUGACGCCGACAAAUACUCACUUUUAAGGAAAAGAAUCACAGUUAAAAAAAUUACUAUUCCUACUGUGGAUAGCCGAAGUAUACUAAUAAAAGUUUUUGAUAACGCAAAUUCAUUGGUUGCUGUGUCGAAUAAUUUGCUUCAAAAAAUAUUCAAUGUAAAAGAUGAAGACGACUUUUUAACAGAUCCAUUUUUUUCUAAGCUCACUUCUGGAACUUCUGUGUCUGGAAACAAGAAUAUUUCGUUUUUAGGAGUCCCUACAAAACACUUGGCAAAUUUAAUUAUUGAAACGUACAAAAAUCUACGUGAUAGUGGCAGUAAGCAACUAAAAAAAUUUUUGAAGCAAAAUAAAGACUUAAUAGAAGCUGCUUCGAAAUUUUUAGAAGAACAAAGCCUAGAAGUGUAUAACUUUAAUACUAAGGGAAAAACAGGAUUCAUCUACGAACUAUUUUGGAAGUAGACCUACGUUGUAAAUAAAAAAACGAAAUAA